AUGGCAUGGGGUGACGAUCGGUCAGCAGUAUUCUUCACUCACCACACUUACUGUGGCCACUUUCUCGUGGCGAGUGGCACACAGAGCAAAACAGUAAAUAUCGGGUCUGCCUCUGAUGAUGCCAGUUCAGAGCUGCAAAGGGUGGCUGCAAUGGACCACAGAGGAAUGGGGUCGCGUAAGUCAUUCCGAGGUCAAGGGGCACUGUCCAGGAUAGUUCACCUGGUUGUCAUCCUGAGGGAAUGGGCUCACAGAAGCCUUCAUGACCAAGACAGGCGACCAGACUCUUUCCUGGAGCGGUUCCGAGGUCCAGUUUUGCGGGACGUGGCCAGCAGGGCGUGCAGCAGUCCAGUGCAGGAUGAUGGCCAGACAGGAAAGAAAAAGAAGCAUUCUGUGUUUGUGAUUGACCCAGCAGCGGACUUCUAUUACCGGUGGCUGGUCGUCACUUCCUUACCUGUUCUGUAUAACUGGUGCUUUCUUCCUUGCAGGGCUUGCUUUGAAAAGCUGCAGGCAACUCAUCUCAGCCUAUGGUUAACAAUAGACUACAUCUCUGAUGCCAUUUAUAUUCUCGACGUCCUUGUCAGGCUCAGAACAGGGUUCCUUGAACAGGGUCUGCUCGUCAAAGACUUGAAAAAGUUACAACACCAUUGGAUCAAAACUUUCCAGUUUAAGCUGGAUGUAAUUUCAAUCCUUCCCACCGAUCUGGGCUAUGUGGUAGUGGGACUCAAUUACCCAGAGCUACGAUUCAAUCGCCUCCUGAAAUUUCCACGGCUCUUUGAGUUCUGCGAUCGGACGGAAACCAGAACCAACUACCCGAAUGCUUUUCGCAUCAGUAACCUACUUCUGUAUCUGCUGAUCAUCAUUCACUGGAAUGCCUGUAUUUACUAUGCCAUUUCCAAAUCCAUCGGCUUUGGCACAGAUAGCUGGGUUUAUCCUAACAUCUCUGAGCCCCAGCACGGUUAUCUGGCAAGGCAGUACAUUUAUUCCCUGUACUGGUCAACUCUCACCUUGACUACCAUUGGGGAGAUGCCAGCACCAGUUUCAGAUAUAGAGUUCCUGUUUGUGGUCUUUGACUUUCUGGUGGGAGUUCUUAUCUUUGCCACAGUUGUGGGUAAUGUGGGAUCGAUGAUCUCGAACAUGAAUGCACCCCGAGCAAACUUCCAGGCGAGAGUGGACGCCAUCAAGCACUACAUGCAGUUCAGAAAGGUUAGCAAGGAAGUGGAGGCUCGGGUGAUCAAGUGGUUUGAUUACCUGUGGGUCAGCCAGAAGGCGGUUGACGAGGGUGAGAUACUGAAAAAUCUGCCGGAUAAGCUGAAGGCUGAAAUCGCCAUUAAUGUCCAUCUGGAGACCCUCAAGAAGGUGCACAUCUUCCAGGACUGUGAGGCUGGCCUGUUGGUGGAGCUGGUGUUAAAGCUAAGACCGCAGCUUUUCAGCCCUGGAGAUUACAUUUGCCGCAAGGGAGAUAUAGGGAAGGAGAUGUACAUUAUCAAGGAAGGGAGGCUGGCAGCAGUGGCUGAUGAUGGUGUGACUGAGUUCGCCAGGCUGGGUGCUGGAAGCUGCUUUGGAGAGAUCAGCAUCUUGGACAUCAAGGGAAGUAAAACAGGAAACAGGAGAACAGCAAAUAUUCGGAGCAUUGGGUACUCUGAUCUCUUCUGCCUGUCCAAAGAUGACUUAAUGCAAGCAUUAAUAGAGUUUCCAGAGGCUAAGAAAGUUCUGGAAGAGCGAGGCAGGAAUAUUUUAAUCAAAGAAGGGCUGCUGGAUGAAGAAUAUAUGGUAGUAUUGGGAGAGAAAGGCUUAGAGGAAAAGAUAGAGAGACUCGAAUCAAAUCUGGAUGCCUUACAGACACGGUUUGCAAGGCUGUUAAAUGAGUACAGCUCAACACAGCAGAAGUUAAAACAGAGGAUUGCCACCAUUGAAAGGAAAGUAAGGUUGAUUGAUAGUGGCUCAAUAUCUGAUCAUUCCGAUGGUGUCUAUGAGACAGAGUGA